AUGAGCUCCACGAGGGCUGCUCUAUUAUGCAUUGGCAUCGCCAUAAUGUACAGUACGGGAGGUGACUGCUUCAGGCUCUAUAGGAUAACCAGGCAACAUAAAUGCAACGAACUAUCAAGCACAUUCAAUGAAUACAGUCAUGCCUUCACGAACUCAUGGAGAAGUUUCCAAUUCUCCCUGAAUACCGCCAGAUCCGCCAAAAAGAGGUGCGAAAGCGUCAUGAACAUAAGCCAGGACAAGGAGGUGUCGGAGAGCAUUAAUGAGGACAGAAAGAAGAAGGUGGAUAAAUAUUAUGAUGCUAUCCUAUACAUUGAACCACAAAUAGGAAACUACGAAAAGGAACUACAUGAAACGCUUGCUGAAGUGCACGAAAAAUGUAGCUUUUGGUUUUUGUAUUUGCCAAUGUCAACUGAGUUCCUAGAAAGCACGAACAGCAGGCUAGCGGAGGCGAAAAAGAUUUUGGAAAAGAUGAUCGGUCUUACUCACGAGGCAAAUGGGUACGCAACAACCGCGAAGAACAUGGAAUGUUCCUUUGAAUUGGUUGGACAGAAGGUUACGGAGAAAGAAAGGGAGUCUGAUUCCAGCGACGCCAACGCAGCGCCCACCACCCCUGACUCGACAUCUCAGACCCACUCACCCAAGCAGCCAGUUCCACCCGAGGACGGUGAUAAACACAAAACACACGGUGAUGAUAAAAAACACGACCACAAGAAGCAUGGCGACGAAGACGGUGAAGAUGAGGAUCAUGAAGACGAAGAAGAGGGAGAAGAGGAAGAAGCCGGCGACGACGAAUAA